AUGGCUCUACGGGAACUUCCUGGUAUCGCUCUUAUCACAGGUGCUGGAUCUGGCAUAGGUCGCGACUCUGCAUUUGCAUUUGCUGCUGCCGGAGUACGUGGAAUCCUCCUAACCGAUAUCAACCUUUCGACUGCAGAACAAACACUUGCAGAAUGUAGAAAGCACGCGACAAACCCGUCCUUUCGCGCCGUCGCACUGAAAUGUGACGUACGACAACCAGAACAGGUAGACCAGAUGAUUACCCGUUGCGUAGCAGAAUUCGGGAGAAUAGACUAUGGUGUCCAUUGCGCAGGAAUAGGUCGUCAAACCCUCUCAGUGAUGACCGAAGCUUCGACAGCCGCCUCACUUCAAGAAUACGAUCUUCUUUACUCUGUAAAUGUUAAGGGCACGUUACUUGUACUUGGCGCUCUUUGCAAGCAAAUGGCCACCCAGGAAUCGCGAAUUGUAACCGGCCGAAAUGGACCUCGAAAUGUUGGCCGAGGCUCUAUAGUAUGUCUGAGUAGUGGCAACGGAUAUGUUGCAGAGCCGAAUAAGGGUGCAUACACCACCAUGAAACAUGCAAUCAUGGCGAUUAUGAAGACCGCAGCCCUAGAAAAUGCUGCUCUGGGUAUCAGAGUCAAUGCACUGUGUCCUGCGUGGACUGAGACUCCAAUGCAUCAGCGCGAUACCGUUCUUCUACCCAUGACUGCACCAAUGAUUGAGAAAUACACGCCUUUAGGACGGACAGCGAUGCCGGAGGAGGUUGGAGAUACCAUCGUUUUCUUAUGUAGUGACAGUGCCAGCUACAUUACGGGAACUGGGCUGAUGAUCGAUGGAGGUGUUAGCCUGAGUCUUCAUGUUGGAUGA